AUGAAGUUUGGAAAAAAUCUUUCUCGUAAUCAAGUCCCCGAAUGGAGUUCCCAUUAUAUCAAUUACAAAGAACUCAAAAAACUCAUCAAGCAGAUCCAAUCCCAGCAAGAAUCCUCCGGAACUGCUGCUCAUGACCAAGAUCUAGCCCCCUUCUUCUUUGCACUCGAUAGAAACAUUGAGCUCGUCGAUGAGUUCUUUAAUACAAAGUACGCAGAGUAUGCCCGAAGACUCUCCCAUCUAGCCGACCGAUAUGGCUUAAAAGAACAACUGCCUUCACAAAAUGGCACCAUUGUAGGGCCUUCCGCAGUCUCUCAAAUGGACCCAGAAGAACGGGAAGAUCUUUUUGCCAUUCUUCUCGAACUUAGAGCCCUUCUUCGUAACCUCCAAUGGUAUGCUGAAGUCAACAAGCGAGGUUUUGUCAAAAUUCUCAAGAAAAUAGACAAGAAGGUUGGUGUUAAGACUCAAACCCGCUACCUCAAUUCAAAAGUUCUCAUCCUCCCCUUUGCAAAUGCUUCUUCUGUUAAUCACAAACUCGCCCUUGUGAACUCCUUUAUUGAUGAUCUUGCCUUAAUUGAAGGCUCUUUUGAUGACACUGCUUCUAUAGCAAGUAGUUCUUUGAGCUCAUACGGUGUCCCGGAAUUGGGCUCUCUUAAAGAACUUUCAUCUGAAUCAUUAACUCUUCUUCGUCAAAUGCUCCCAGCUGAUGACUCAAUUAAAAUGAAGGCCUUUAUUGACUCAUCAUCAAGACCAUCUGCACAAGUUCUCCUAUCUGUCCUCUACAAGGCUGUAGGGUUCCAUGCAACUAAAUGCAUCCAAGUCCUUCUCAACGUUGUCACUUCUCUUUCAGACCCAUCAGAUCUUAAUGGUCGUAACCUUUUCCACAAAAUCGUCAUUUCCUAUUCCCGUCCUCGCCCUGAACCUGUGGCCUCCAGUAAUGCUUCCACCUCUACCCAAAGCUCCAAUGUUGAUCAACAAUUUAAUGGCUCUCUUUACAUUGCCCCAGCAAUCUCUCCUGCCCCUCCUAUCCGCAACAACACCGUUCCAAGAGCAGGCCAAGAUGGCAUCAACUCUAAUAGCGACGAUAACAAUCUAACCGUUUUAACCUUCAUCCUUGACCGCCUCAACCCAGCCCUUAGACCAUGCCUCAUUGCGAAGGAUGCAUACAAGCGCACCCCUGUCCACUACGCUGCCCAGGCCGGACUCAAGGCACUCACUAAGCUGCUUGUCGAUUAUGCCAUCAAAUGGGACCUCGUAAAUACUGAUUCACCCUUUUCUGGACCAGAUUGGCAAGAUAGUGAAGGGUUUGUUCCACUUCAGCUUUCCAUCAAGGGGAACCAUCCGCUCACAUCCCGCGUCCUACUCGAUGUUAUGCUCAAAUCCCAAGUCGAAAAGCUCCCCAAUUUGCUUCAUGUGGCUACCCGAUUAGCCUCUGUGCCUUUGCUCCAAGUUUUGUUAGAAUUUGGCUUAAAUGUCGACCAAAUUGCAGACUCAGCCUCUAAUGAAACGUGCCUUUACACGGCUGCAAAACUCAAUCUCCCGGAAAUUGCACAGGUUCUCUUGGCGGCUGGUGCAGACUUGGAAAUCCGCGAAAAAACUUAUGGUUGGACCCCACUCUUUGCUGCUGCCAUUGAGGGCUUUGAAAAAGUUGUCCAGAUCUUGGUCGAUCAUGGCGCUGAUAUCUCCAAGGUUGAUUUCUCCGGAUGGACGGCUCAGGAGCAUGCAUGUCUCCGUGGUCACUUGUAUUUGCUUGAUCUUUUGCAACUAAAGGAACAACCCUCUUCUGGAUUGUUUUUCGGAAACAAUGGCUCCCAACUUGGCCUCACCACUGCUAGCUCAGAAGAACCCAAUGGAUCCAUCAUGACUAAAAGUGCCACCCCUGAACGUUCAAAGUCCCCCCCAAAUACCCUUGAUCCUAUCAAGACUUUUGGCCACAGGUACCUUCAAGAAAAGUCUAUGAUUCUUGUUAACCUCGGAAGCAUGGACAUUAGGGAAAAGCGGCCAGCUGUCCAGCUUGACCGGGUCCCCGUCUCCAAAGCUUCUUCCACUCAGCUCGACACGGCUCUUUCUCUCAUUAUUUCUGCCAAAAACUGUGAAGGUGAACCUGUUGUCAUUGACUUACCUCUUGGCGAGGGACAACACACUGAGCAAUACUCGUUUUAUUCAAGCAAUCCAGAAAAUGCUACCCUGUUUUUCGACUUGGUUCCUACUUAUGCUGGCAACAAGUCCAAGAUCUUUGGGCGUGCCGUUGCUCUUCUCUCUGACUUGACAAACAAGGUGGCUGAAAAUAAAGUCAGUCUUUUCCGCACAAUCACUCUCCCAAUUUUGGAAACAUCUACUCUCGAGGUCUUGGGUAAGCUCCGGUUCCAGUUUCUUGUAAUUAACCCCUUCCACCAUCCAAACAUGGGCAUUGAAAAAUCAGCCACCUACUGGAAGUCUCUCAUCACCACCCGUGUCAUUGGUCACCGUGGGUUAGGCAAAAACUCCAUUUCUACCCAAAGUUUGCAGCUCGGUGAAAAUACCCUCCAGUCCUUUAUUGCAGCUGCCAACCUUGGUGCCAGUUAUGUUGAAUUUGACGUUCAACUGACUAAGGACUUGGUUCCUGUGAUUUACCACGACUUUUUGGUUGGCGAAACUGGCAUUGAUAGCCCCAUGCAUGAUCUGACUUUGGAACAAUUUCUCAACAUUUCCGAAAUGCAACAAAAUCAUCACCGCAAUAUGACGGAUAUGCUUAUGAAUUCCCCCCAAAGCCGUACCCAUUCCCCACAACCCCGCCGCAGAUUAUCAUCCGGCAAAAUAAGCACUAGCAUCAAGGGUGAUCCCACGUAUGAACGGACUCGCUCUGUUUCGCUUUACGGCACGGAUGACGAUUACGCGUUGAUGGAACAGCGCAUGAAGUACACGCGUGAUUACAAAACGCGAGGGUUCAAGGCCAAUGUGCGUGGCCACUCUAUCCAAGCCCCGUUUACCACUCUUGAGGAGGUUUUCAAGACGUUGCCUAAAACAGUUGGUUUCAACAUUGAGUGCAAGUACCCUACGCUUGACGAGAGUCAGUCGGAGGAUAUGGACAACUUGGCAAUUGAACUCAACACGUGGGUCGACACAGUUCUUUCAACUGUGUAUACGCACGCCAAAGGUCGUGAUAUUAUUUUCUCGAGUUUCCAUCCAGAAAUUUGCAUCAUGCUUUCUCUCAAACAGCCUUCCAUCCCGGUCUUGUUUUUGACCGAAGGCGGAACUUCGCCCAUGAUGGAUAUUCGCACGACAUGUCUCCAGGAAGCCAUUCGUUUAGCUCGCCGCUGGGACUUGCUGGGACUUGUUUCAGAGUGCACACCGUUGAUUCGGUGCCCACGCUUGGUCAGUGCCGUUAAAGAUAGCGGGAUUGUGUGUGUGACGUAUGGUACCAAAAACAAUGAUCCGGCAAAUGCGCGUCUUCAGAUGAAACACGGUGUGGAUGCUGUCAUUGUGGAUUCUGUUCUUGCCGUCCGUAAGGGGUUGACUGAGGAGGAUACUGAGGAGGAAACCGCAGUGCCUGAGUUGAGCAAGUGA